AAGCAUUAUUUACUCAAACUAACACAAAUCAAUCUUCUUUGUAGUGAAAUGGAAGAUAUUAAGCUAGUUGAGAAAGUUGUGAUUGUACCAGAGAAUCCCACGAAUCGCAGACGUGUCUUCUUAUCAAACAUAGAUCUAUCUCUGGUUUUAUACCAAGAAUCAGUGUCCUAUUUCGAUCCUCCAACGAAUGAAAUAAGCUUCUCUGAAGCUUGUAAUGUUCUGUACCGCGCACUUGGUGCUUUGCUCGUGCCUUACAGCUUUGCUGCAGGACGUCUGGUACCAGCAAUAGAUGAUGAUCGCCGUCUCGAGAUCGACUGUAAUGAUGCAGGUUUUGUGGUUGCAGCAGCAACAACAGACGCCAAGUUGAGCUCACUUGGUGAGCUCUUGGCACCCAAGCCAGAGUUCAAGAAGUUGGUUGCUUUCAUUCAAGAAGACGAGAUGGAUCUCAAAGACAAGCCCCUUCUUUCCUUACAGUUGACACAAUUUGAAUGUGGAAGUUUGGCGCUGGCUUCUCGAUACAAUCACUGCAUUCUAGAUGGUGUAGCAAUCCGUGAACUUGAGGCAAACAUGGCUGCUCUAACCAGGGGUGAAGACCUCGUUGUAGUCCCGAACCCUGACAGGACAUUAUUCAAAGCUAGGAACCCACCAGAGAUCAAUCACCCACAUCAUGAAUAUUCAGAAACCACCCCUCUAUCUAUCAAGGAAUCCAUUUCAGCUAAUCAGAUUCGCUCGAUCUACAUUUCCUCACAUCACAUAGCCAACCUUAAGAAAGGAGCUCUCAAGGGUGGAAAAUUGAACAACUGCACUACUUUUGAAGUAAUGGCAGCAAAGAUAUGGAAGGCGCGGAGCAUUGCAACAAGAAUGCAAGAUGAGGCUAUGAGCACGAUGUUGAUUCCUGUCGACGUUCGAAAAAGGGUGGUACCGCAAGCCCCAAACGGAUUUGCAGGCAACGCAUUGGUUCCUGCAUUUGCAAGAGCAAUGGUGAGAGAGGUGAAGGAGGAAGAGGACUCGUACCUGGUGAAGAAAGUGCAAGAAGGGUUGGAGAGAGUGAAUGACGAAUAUGUGAGGUCUGGGAUAGACUGGUUAGAGGUUCACAGAGGGGGGCCGUGCUGUGAAAACAGCUUCUCAUUGGUGGCUUGGUGGAGACUUGGUCUAGAAGAAGAGGAGUUUGCAUGGGGAAGAGUCAAGUGUGCAACUACAAUCACAGUGAAACCUGGUCUUGUGUUUGUGUUGCCAGGGGACAAAGGCAAGGGAGGCCUUAAUAUUUGCCUGGAACUGCCUGAAGAUCAAAUGGAGGUGUUUGUUAGUCUAAUAAUGGAACAAUAA